AUGAGCCCCCGACGGUCAUCCCGUGCUCGCUCGUCGCAGCAACCCCCUCCAGGUCCCAACCACCCAAACUCCAACACCUCGACCAUUUCAAAGCUGGAUCGAGACACUCGAACGAGCCAUCGUCCAACCCAGCGACGCCGCUCCUCCACUCAACCGCCUGAAUCUGCCGAUGGCGCCGACUCCACCUCCCGAGCCGAGCAAGCGGCACCACGCCGAAGUCGUCGGAACGGAGAAGACAAAGAACCGGUCAUGAAACAACCGCUCGAGGAUGAAGAGAAUGACAUUGAAGCAGCCGAUGAGGAAAUCACUCGCUGUAUUUGCGGACAAGCUGAAUAUCCCGGUCCCCCAUUUGCUCUAGUACGGCGGCUGGUAGGUCCAGACGACAGUGUCGAAGAGACAGGCAACUUCUUCGUCCAGUGCGACAACUGCGGUGUAUGGCAACAUGGCGGUUGUAUGGGUAUCAUCGAUGAGGUAUUCCUACCAGACGAGUACUUCUGCGAACAGUGCAAACCAGAACUGCACAAAAUCGUGAGGGCCUCAAGUGGGCCGAAAUCUUCCCGUUACAUUCCCUUGCUCGACGCAUCCUCCAGACGCUCAUCCCCUCUCUCCUCCAAUCCUGAGGCGGGACGCAAGAAAGAUAGCAAAUCUGCUCAGAGCGAAAGCACGAAGCGGAGGGCCACAAUGAACAGCCGAGUUGCCUACGACGAAGACGAGAUGCUAAGAAGAGCCAUCGAGGAGAGCAAAGAGAUGGGCUCUUUGGGCAAGCGGACACGGGAAGAAUCAGAAGAUCACAAGGGCAAUUCUAAGCGUCGACGCACGGGUUCCAACUCCUCUGAUAUGCUUUCCAAGCACUCUGAAUCGCCUGAGCCUGUGGCUAUCGACGAGGGGUCUCAGGCGCUCAGCACUGCCUCUCAAAAGCUGAGAGGAGCAGCGGCUCGGAACAACAGAGAAAAGGAGCUUCGGGAGAAGCAAAAGGAGCAGCAAGCCGCACAGCGAGCUGAGGCGGCGAGUAAACGAAAUGCCCGAUCGGAGCGGAGAAGAGGAGAGGAUUCACCACCACCAACACCGAGCCUCUCCCCGGCAAAAGCCGUACAGAGCAACGGCAGACCGAAAGCUGAGACUCCUCCUUCGGGCCGUUCAAACAUCAAUGGCCGCAAAACAGGCGGCAGAGCACCAGUACGACGAGCAAGGCUGGGACGGAAUCAAAAUGCCCGUGAUCGAGAGAAUGGUGACGAAGAGAGCACACCACACCACGACGCUUCCCACGAGUUGAAUGGUGGUGAUAAAUCCGGUGGUGCCUCCCCUCCUGCUAACGGGGCCGAAGGCAAAGACCACACCAAAUCAGCGACCGGCCAUGGCCAUAACAUCAACGGAGAAAGCGGGCGCAGUUCAAAAGCCAAGACUCACCCAGCGCGAACGAGCAUGAAUGAAAUGAAACGCCGUGUUGCUGCCAUUCUCGAGUUCGUGGGACGAAUGCAAACCGAGCGGACGACGCAACUAGCGGCACAGAAUACCGCGAAUGGCCACGGGAGUGACGGCAGCUCCAAGGGCACAAACACGCCGAAUGGGCUGAGUAAAAGUUCUAGCGGAUCCAGGUUGAGUGCGGCGGGCGCGAGUGCACUACCAACGGCGAGCCUCGUACGGGCGGUAGAAGCGGGGUUGAAAGAUGUUCAGGAGAAAGUGGGAGAUGGUGGCGAGAAUGCCAUGCUCAUGAUGGACGACCGAGAGUUUGGGACAAUGGGUAGCGUGGACAUGAUGGAAUCGCUUACCAAGAAGUUGGUGCAAUGGCAGAGCAUGUAUGGGGUCUAUUCGCGGUGA